AUGACAGCAGGAUCAAUUGCAGUUCCCACUGUUAUUCCUCUCAGGCCUCCCGUGCCUGGUCGACCAAAGAGUUCCAUAGACUCUAAUACCAAAAUUGAAUUAAAAACAGAAACCCCAGGGACAGAUAUCUAUUACACAAUCAAUGGCUGGAAACCUGACCCCUUCCAGAGAACAGGAGACAGGUACACAAUGAAGUAUCUGGGACCAUUUACAUUGCCAGCUGGUAAACAGACAGUCAAGGCAGUGGCUGUUUCAAGAGAUGGUUUGAGAGAAAGCAAUGUUGUGACCAAAAUCUUUGAGGUUGAUUAUGUGUCACCGGCUUCCCUACCAGCUGAAGAUGACGAACAUGGCUUUCAAGUUGAACUAAAUAGAUCCAGGGCCAAAGGAGAGGUUGAUAGAACUAAAGCUAAGAUAGGACCAAGAGCAAAGUCAGCCUGGACAGAUGUCAGAGAGCUCAGAGCCACACAGCAAAGAUUAACUGACAUGGAAGUUUCAGGCAGUCUCAGACACAAACCAUAUUCUGACAUGGGACAUUUGACUGCCAGAAAUGAGAAUAACCACAAUUUCCAGGACUCCUAUGCGACCUCUGUUCCCCAGCCUUAUAUUUUCAAUGGGAUUGGAUCUCAGGAUCUUCGUUGGGCCACCCACAGCCAGUUCAAUCCUUCCACACAAACCCACUCUAACCCUACAAGAUAUCCCACCGCUUCCGAUUUUCUAAAUUUUACAACAACAUCGGCUGGGCAAUAUCCUGGAGGGACAAAAUGGUUGCCAGUGAAUGUGAGCCCAGCUGGAUUCAUUAUUCCAUCCCCUCAAGGGAUACCAGGUGUUGGCAGCACAUCUCUCAAAGACCGAAGAAUGUCCCAGGAUGUGGGCACGCAGACAGUGGGUUUAUUCUACCCGUCCCAGAAACAGAUUGAUAUGCAGAAGGAGCAACUGGAAGAGAAGCUAGCUCUGGAAAGACAAAUGAGAGACAGACAACCUUUGUUGACUGCUGUUAGCCCUGGAAGAGGAUACUGGCGUAAACAGAUUGAGCAUAUUUGCCAACAUCUUAAAGCUCACACACAUAAUGAUGCAGCAUUCAGGGCCCUUAUUGGAGAGCCGAGAAUGGGAAAGAUGCUGUCUAGCACAAUCAGACAAGAUGAAUAUGAACUGAGUUUGACCUUGACAUUUGCUCUACGAAAUAGUAAAGACUCUCUGGCAGGAAAACAGCACGGAUUAUCCAAGUCGGAAAGUUACUUGAACACCCACUCUCAACAGGAUAAUCAGAUGUACUCAGAAGAUGAAGAGAGUGAAGAUGAAGAAACUGUCACCUCAAGGUCUGCAGGAGUUAGGAAAGUGAGAAAACCAAAGCCAAAACCAAAGAAUAAGAGUCCAAAAUUGUCGCCAAUCAAUGCAAAGUUGUUCAAGUUGCUGGAGUCAAAGGCCGAUGUUCCUGUUGAUGAAGUUCAACAGUUGCUGGAUGAGGGGGCAGAUCCAAAUUGCUUGAAUAAAAGCGAGAUGAGUCCACUGAUUGUAGCUGUCAAGAACCGCCAUGUUGAUGCAAUCGAUGUGCUAGUUCGUGGUGGCGCAGACGUCAAUGCCAAGGGACCUAACUCUAUAAAGGGAAACACAGCCCUUCAUGAGGCUGUCAGUCUGGGACCAUCUGGCGUGAAAGUUGUUGAAGCUUUAUUACAGGCAGGAGCUGACCAGAAUAUGAAAAAUGAGAAAGGUGAAACAGCACAUGAUUUGGCAGUGAAAGCUGGCUAUGAGAGUAUCAGUAAAUGUUUGAUUUCUGCUCUGGGGCAGUCCCAGCUGGAAAAAAUGACCAAACCUUAA